GAGGUCAGGGGUCACAUGCUAGGGUCAAGUCUAAGAAGCACCUGCGUGUCUCUGCUGCUGAUGGUGGGGUUUCAAGCAGCAGAUGGAUAUCAACAUGUUACAACAACCACCUGUGAGUUCAACUCCACUGAGCCUAAGGACAUACAGCUCAUUGUCUCUUAUUUCUACAACAAACAGGAGUACCUCAGAUUUGACAGUCGAGUCGGGAGGUAUGUGGGCUACACGGAGCAUGGAAAGAAAAACGCUGAGGCGUGGAACAAAGAUCCUUCAGAGCUCGAGAGGGCGAGACAUGAGAAGGAUAGAGUCUGUGUUCACAGUGUCAAGGUCGAUGUCGACGCCAUCCUCUCCAAAUCAGUGGAGCCGUAUGCGGUGUUGAGCUCAGUGCCCUCUGCUGGCAGUGACAGGGUUCUCGUCUGCAGCGUCUACAGCUUUUUCCCCAAAGACAUCACUGUGUCCUGGACCAACCACCAGCAACUUCUGACCACCGGAGUGACCAGUACUGACCUAGUGCCCGACGCAGACUGGUACUACCAACUGCACUCACAGCUGGAGUACUCCCCCAGGUCUGGAGACCAGAUUUCCUGUGUGGUUGAACACAUCAGUCUCAAAGAGCCCCUGGUCCUGGACUGGGAGGGCGCUCUCUCGGACGGGGACAGGAAUAAGUUUGCCAUUGGAGCGUCUGGUCUGGUCCUGGGUCUGGUUCUGUCUUUGGCCGGGUUCAUCUUCUACAAACACAAGUCCAGAGGUGAGUGAACAUAAAA